CGGCCCUUCCCACCUCUACCUUAAACCGUACCGACCGAUCGCAUUGCAGCAGCUCCGCACCUCAGUCCAUCAUUGCUUAUACCUUAUCCUCACCUGAGCUGUGUGGUUGAGUCCUCCUCCGCCGGCGUCCCUCGCUCCACCAUACUCCCCGCACACGUCGCAUUCGAUCGGUAGCGGUAGCGGUGCUCUCAUUCAAUAGCACCUCCAAGUGUACCGCAUCGGACAUCCGACUGCUUGCUUGUCGGCGCAUCAUCAGCAGCACCAAACAGCACCGGACAGACCGACCCAGCCCGUCUGCCCAUCGCCGCCCUUCCUGUUCUUCCCGACAACCUCCCAUUGUCCUUUGGGCCCUUCUCCACCACGCACAUCCGCACGCAAACAGAUUGCCCGCCAAUUUCGUACCGAGCGAUUGCGAUCGUACCUCCUUGCUGUCUUGCCGGGCCCUUGACUUCACCCUACGACAACAUCGCACUCUCCCUCCCUCCGCUCCGGCGUCACUUAUACCAUACCUCACGCCCUCCGCAUCCUCCGCCGCAGUUCAACCUCCACCCGCUCGCACGUUGAGCAUCUCAGCCGCCACGACGCCGCCGCCGCCGAAUACAGAGAAAUUGGCUAGCUACGACAAUCCCAACGUUCGUCGUGAGCCUGACUCUCGCUUGCCGCAAAAGAGGAAAGAAGGGCCAGACACCACAUCCAUGCCGUCGCUGGGCUUCCUCAAGAAGAAGCGAACCAAGGACUCUACAGCGUCCAACGAGGUCGCUUCGCCCACUUCACCCACGAUCGGCUCGCCAAUAUCACAGACCUUGUCUAGACAAAGCAACCUUUUUUCCGAGCAGAACCAACAGUCGCAGCAGCAGCCGCCGCAGACAUCUGGCCAAGAUAGCGUACAGCAGAACACAAGCGCCUCGCAAAGCUCAAACGCCAAAGCCGACGAUCCAAUGAACAUAUCACCCCAACCUUCGGCAGUCCAGCAGCAGCCAGCUCAGCCGCAGCAGCAAUACAAUGGCUCGCAGCAUGACUCUGCUCACGAGCAAAACGGACACAACCCGAAUCAGCAGCAUGUGCCACUGUUGAACGUGAGCAAAACAGCGCCGACGGUCAAUCCACUCCGCGAGACAAAGGGCAAAUACACGCUGAACGACUUCCAAAUUUCACGAACGCUCGGCACGGGAUCUUUCGGACGUGUGCAUCUGGUCCAGAGCAAGCACAAUUCACGAUUCUACGCGGUCAAGGUGUUGAAAAAAGCACAGGUAUACAAGAUGAAGCAAGUGGAACACACAAACGAUGAGCGCAAGAUGCUGCAGCGAUGCCGGAAUCCAUUCCUCAUCACUCUGUGGGGCACAUGGCAAGAUUCGAAGAACUUGUACAUGGUCAUGGACUUUAUUGAAGGAGGUGAGCUGUUUAGCUUGUUGAGGAAGUCUCAGCGCUUCCCAAAUCCAGUCGCCAAGUUUUACGCCGCCGAGGUGACUAUUGCGCUCGACUACUUACACAGCAUGAACAUCAUCUAUCGUGAUCUGAAGCCAGAGAACCUGCUCCUCGACCGACACGGCCACAUCAAGAUUACCGACUUCGGCUUCGCAAAGGAGGUACCCGACAUCACCUGGACGCUUUGCGGGACGCCAGAUUACCUCGCGCCAGAGGUCGUGAGCAGCAAAGGCUACAACAAGAGCGUCGACUGGUGGUCUCUCGGAAUCCUCAUCUUCGAAAUGCUCGCGGGAUUCACACCCUUCUGGGACUCCGGCUCGCCGCUGAAAAUCUACGAAAACAUCCUCAAGGGCCGCGUCAAGUACCCUCCUUACAUCCACCCGGACGCUCAAGAUCUGCUCUCGAAGCUCAUCACGGCCGACCUGACCAAGCGUCUGGGCAACUUGCACGGCGGCAGCCAGGACGUCAUGAACCACGCGUGGUUCGCCGAGGUGACGUGGGAUCGGCUCGCGAAGAAGGAUAUCGAUGCGCCGUAUGUGCCGCCUGUGAGAGGUGGAGCGGGUGAUGCGAGUUUGUUCGAUAAGUAUCCCGAGGAGACGGAAGCUUAUGGUGCCACUGGCGACGAUCCUCACAGGACGUUGUUCCCCGACUUUUGAAGACAGAGAGCAUAAGGUAGGAAAGCAGACCUAUUUUGAUAAUGGAAUUAUGUGAACGAAGAGGAAAAGCAAUUGAAGCUUUGCCAUUAA